AUUCUUAACAAAAUGUCGAUUUUUAAAAAAUAUUUAAAAAUUUUAAUAUUUUUAAAUCUAAUACUGCUUAAUCUUUCAAAAGCUAAUGAUGGCUUAAAAAUCAAUACCGAUCUAACGGCGGGCAUUAUAAGUGAUUCCUUGAAUUCGGCCAGUAGUAAUAAUAAUCAGAAUUUUGUUGAGUCUCUUAACACGCCUGUACAAAAUAAUUCCGAGAGUAUUGCAGUGCUUUCCAAUACUCCUUUGGAGAAUAAUCAUAUUUGCACGAGAGAAGAGGAAUAUAUGGAGGAAAUGCGUACGCCUUCUAUGCAGCCAGUGAAGAUAAGAACGGCCACAUGGUGCUUGGAAUUUCCACCAAGAUGUUCGAAUUAUAAAACGGAAAUGAGAGAAGUGGUUAAAGUCCAGAAUUUAACCAAGACACGCACCAUACGUUUCUGUUGCGCUGGCUAUGAGGGCAACAUAUCGAUCAAUGAUACGGUUUGUAAACCGGUUUGCCGAGGUGGUUGUGGUCGUGGCUAUUGUUUGAAACCCGAUGAGUGCAGCUGUGAACCUGGUUAUAUGGGCAAACAUUGUACGCAACGCUGCGAUCAUGAUCAUUGGGGUCUGGAGUGUAAAAAUCAAUGUCUAUGUCAUAAUGGUGCUGCUUGUGAUAAUAAAUCGGGCAUAUGUCAUUGCACCAUAGGCUGGACGGGGGAAUUCUGCGAACAACCCUGUCCCAUGGGCACGCAUGGUGUCAUGUGCCGCAAGGCCUGUGAAUGUGACUCUAAACUGUGUCAUCCUCAGACAGGCGCUUGCGACAAUCCCAUGGAUCCCACUUUGGCACCCAAUGCAACACAUGUCAUGAUUGCCACACUAAAUUCAACGAUUGUCAAUAUUACGCACAAUUUAGAUCGUAUAGCCAAGAACAUAGUUACCAUAGCCACCACCACAGAAAACAUAAAUUUCGCUCUGCCACCUCAAAUAUUAGAAUUGACCACGGCCAAAACGAUACCCGAAGUUAUAGUGAUAAAACAGGAAGAGCCUCCUCAUACACCCAAGAUUAUUGUGCAUCAACAGGGCCAGGGUUUAUUGGAGAAUCUACACAGUGGUGCCAAAACUCCCGAUGUAAUACACGUCAUAACCAAUUGGCCAGCCGGCACACAGCCUCAGCAUAAUUUGACGCAAGAGGACAAAAUAAAUUUGGCCGGUUUUGGCAUACAUACCAGCAAGAAUAUGGAAGAAAGUUCCAAGUCCACCGAAAAUCAUAAUUCCGAUCAUGAAAAUAGUUUAUUAACCACACUCUUGGUGAUAUUGUUGAUUAUAAUGGUGGCCAUAGGUAUAGGAUUUCUAUAUGUCUAUAGGCGUUAUCAUCUGCAAAAGGCACAAGUGGAGGCAGCUUUGGCAGCUCGCAAUGUCAGCUUAAUUCCUGGAUUAAAUGCACCCAUAGUAAUAACGCCUCCACCUCUGCCACCUCACACGAAUGAGCAGCAUUUAAAAGAAAUGGGUGGAAGUGGUUUAGUAAGUGGUGCCGGUACUUUAAAUAAAAGUUUUCUGAAACCUUUGCCCGAUUUGCCAGCCUUUACACAAAUGGUACGCAAUAAAAUCGAGGGACCCGACUUGUAUGAUUCACCCAGUAAUACCUCCUCGUUAACCUCGCAAACGCCCACACCCACCCCCUAUGCCUAUGCACGCAAAGAAUCUUUAUAUUCAGUGGUCACACCCAAAUCUCGUAAAGGCAGCAUGGACUCGCAUUUAUACGAUGAGAUACGUUAUCCCACUGCCUUACAUCAGCAACCACAUAUCAACAGCCAUAACGUGUUUCAACAUCAUGGACACCAACAGCAACAUCAUCACCAACAACACCAAUCACAUCAGCAACACCAGCCACCACAUCACCACCAUCAUCAACAUCACCACCAACAGCAGCAGCAACAUCAUCAUCACCAGCAGCAACAGCAACAUCCCUCGAAUCAUACCACCCAUCAUGUCUCUCACUUAAUUAUACCACCACAAAAUUCCAAAUAUUUACAAGUGCCACAAAUUUCUCAUACUUCGCAUAAGAUUGUUGGGAAUAUUCAAAAUCAGAGACGUUUUAAAGCUUUGUUUACAUAUUUUCAUUUAAAAACCAAAAUACACAAAAUAAUGUUUUCAAAUAGCUUAAUUAUUCUCUAUUGUAUCUUAACAUGUGUUUGCAAAGCAUUGGCUAACUCAGAGAUUUAUGGAGAUAUAUUUCCCACCAGCUGGGAUUUAACACUAUAUGAAACCAUACAUAAUACGGAAAAUAAAUGUUUUGAGGAGAAACCAGCUUUUUACUUUCAAACCAAGGAGUACUUGCCCAUAACAGGCAAUGGCUCCAGCCCCUUCUAUCAUCGCUUCGAGGUGUGCUGUGAAGGCUUUAGACGUUCUCCAAAAGACUGGCACAAAUGUAUAGCAGACUGCAGUAAUGUAUCCCCUGAUAACUGUCGUCAUGGCUUUUGUCGUUCACCUCAUCACUGUGAAUGUUUUGAGGGUUUCGUUAAGAAUUUGGAGGGUAUUUGUGUACAAACUUGCCCGAUUUCCUGUGAAAAUGGUCGUUGCUUAUUGGAUGGCACUUGUGUAUGUCAACCGGGUUUUGUAUUAGAUUUUGAGAGCAGGAAAUUUUGUAUACCCGACUGCUAUCACAUACCCUGUGGCCUGCAUCAGAGGUGUAUAGCCCCGGGGCAAUGUGCUUGUGCCAAGGGUUACAAAUGGAUGGAGGGUUUGGGGUGUCAACCCAUAUGUUUGCCCCACUGUGGUCAUGGUCGUUGUGUGGCUCCCGAUAAAUGUGAAUGUUUUGCUGGAUUUAUUAAGAGGCCGGGGAGAAAUAUUUGCGAGGCCGAAUGUUAUAUCAACUGUGAUAAUGGUUUCUGUGAAACCCUCUAUAAAUGCCAGUGUCAUAUAGGAUUUGUUUAUGAUACUCAAACCUAUUCAUGUGUGCCCGACUGCCAGGGUUUAUGCCAGCAUGGUGUGUGCAUAGCUCCUGGGGUAUGUAAAUGUUUUGAGGGCUAUAACCUUCAAGACAAUACCUGUACGCCCAUAUGUGAAAAGGGCUGCGGGCUUUAUGGCAAAUGCAUAGCACCCAAUAAAUGUGCCUGUGGACCGGGACAGCAACUUUGUUUAUCUGGUUUGUGCAAUUCCUCUGGGCACUGUGUCUGUCCUGCAGGCAUGACUCAUUUCAUCGAUCAAUGUGUGUUUGCUUCAUCGUUAACCAAUACCAUCUACAGUUACAGUCAGCGUGAAUUCUAUAAUAAACAAUUAAAUUAUGAAUUUAAUGCUUUGAUUGGCAGACUAUUUAGAUUUUAAAUAAAUACCAAACAUUUUAUGCAAAAUUUGUUAUCGCA